AUGAAUUUUUCAUUCCCCAAUGACACUUUAGCUGGAACUUGGACUCCUAACUUCACCACAGUUGUGACCAGGAAUGUGAUUGUCACAGCCCUCUGCAUCUGCAUCAACUACAUCAAUGGUACUCUCAUCCACAUCUACAGGAGGCACCAGAUCUUCAACACAAACCCUCGCUACAUCCUGUUCAUCCACCUGGUGAUAAAUGACAUGACGCAGCUGGCCCUGUCCACUCUUCUCCACAUCAUCAGCUACACCCUUCGCACCAUCAACGUGCCCUUCUGCCUCAUCUUGCUCAUCAUCGCCAUCCUCGCCACCCUCAACACCCCGCUGAACCUGGCUGGCAUGGCGGUCGAGUGCUACAUUGCAAUCUGCAUCCCCCUGCGCCACGCUCAGAUCUGUACCAUCAGGAACACCUACAUCCUGAUUGGUUUGAUCUGGGUUGCGGGUGCGUUCUCCAUCCUGCCAGAUCUCUUCAUCCUGCUGGCCACGGAGCCACUGCAAUUCUUUCACUCUAAAGUUUUUUGUUCCAGAGAUUUUGUGUUCAGGAGCCCUUAUAGCUUGAAGAAGCGGAAUGCUUCACACAUUAUUUGUCUUGUCCUGGUUUGGCUCACUCUCCUCUACACUUACUUCAGGAUUCUGUUUGCUGCCAAGGAAGCAACUACAGACAUAAAAAAAGCCAGAAACACGAUUCUCCUCCAUGGUUUUCAGCUGCUGUUGUGUAUGCUUACGUAUGUGAAGCCUAUGUUUCAACAAGGCCUGAUUUACAUAUGGCCCAAUCAGUCCCGGGAAAUACGCUUUGCCGUCUAUGUCAUUAUCCAGAUCCUGCCACGGCUUGUCAGUCCCAUUGUAUACGGACUGCGAGACCAGAUCUUCAGGAGACAUGUGAUAAGGUACCUGAUUUGUAAAGUGAGCCCCAGAAACCACCCAGGAAAACUACCAUGA